GGUAAAAGCAUGACAUGACAUGACGGCUCCCUGACGUGCAUCCGUGUCAGAUUAUCAUUGCUUCGGGUCUCUCUGGGCUUACCUGUAAGAAGCAAACAUGAUGAUGGACAAUUGUAAUAGUGGAGGGGAGGAGGAGGUCCAACUGGUGUCCCAGUUCGAAUGGAGUUUAUUAUCAUCGUCUGAUGGUUCAGAUCGGGAUCGGGACUCUUCUAAAGUGAAAUGUUUGUGGAUUGAUGUCCACCCCAAUAAGCCAUGGGUGCUGUGCAGCCCUAGCGCCAUAGCAAAAUCUCUUGAAGUCUGGGACUACGAACAUGGAAGACGUGUGGCCUCCUGGAUGAUCCCUAAGCUGCAUUGGGUAUAUAGUGGAAAAUUUGUGGUGCAGAAAGAAGAUUGGAUCUUGGCACGGGGUGGCGCGAAGGCCUUCGUGUUCAAAAUCCACACUUUAAGCUUGGAGUGCAUCAAAGUACUUGAGCAUCCCGGUAGAACGUAUAUGUGGCAGAUGGCUGUCCAUCCCACAGCACCCUAUAUCUUGACUUCAUUUGACAAACUCAUUGUUUUGUGGGUCUGGACCCAAGAAACAUUAUGGGAGAAGACUACCAUAGAGUGUUACGUUCGUUCGAUAGAGGAAUUAAGGUUUCAUCCCACAGAUUCCAAUAUAUUUGCAAGUGCCUCUUCUAACGGCGAGAUCGGUGUUUGGAACAUACGCAAUAGGUCUUGUGUCCAAGCCAUUAUGAUAGACAUUAGGCAUUACCAUAGGCUGCUUUCUGGACUGGACUUUUGCAGCAGAGCUGAUACUAUUAGGCCACUUAUGCUGUCAUGUCAUGACAGGUUCUCAGAUGGGGAAGAUGGAACCAUAGUGAUCUGGGACUAUAAAAAGGGGGUUGCACUAGUGGAGUUGAGGAUGAGUGAUUAUCGGGGUCUUAGGUCGGCCUUCUUCCAUCCGCACUUGCCGUACGUCCUUGGUGUAUCGCGCGAUGGUAUAAUUAAGGUUUGGAAAGAGUCGAACUUCGACCUGAUGUCGUCGUAUUAUGGUGGACAACGCUUUUAUGUACAAGGCAUGGCUCCUUGCAGACGCUCCAAUCAUGUAAUUGCUUUCAAUGACAAAGGUAAGUUCUUCGUGCUGCAGACCGUGACGAAAGGAAGACACGAGGAAAGAUCAGACAGGAUGCAAACGACAGCUGUCUCUCCAGAAAGGCCCCAGACGCACUUGCCGCCCAUCGAUGUCAUCGACGGUGAGGAAAGUGGAGGUGGAGAGAAGAUGCAGACGCCAUCGGUUUCUGCAAAAAAAACGUCCCAGAUUCCCUCGCAGCCAAUCAAUGUUAUUGAUAUCGAGGAAGGUGGAGAGGAGAUGCAGACAACAUCGGUCUCUGCACAAAGUCUCUGGACCCACUUGCCACCAAUGAAUGUUAUCGAUGAUGAGGAAAGCCGAGAGAAGAUGCAGACAACAACAACUGUCUCUGCGAAAAGGCCCCGAACCGACUCGCCCAUCGAUGUUACAGAUGAUGAGGAAAGUGAAGAGAAGAUGCAGACGACAUCUGUCUCGGCAGCAAGCCCCCAGACCCACAUGCCGCCAAUGUAUGUUAUCCGUGAACCAGCAGCAGCAGCAGCAGCAUUGCUACCUAAGAAAAGGGUUGUCGGCGAGGCUGAUUGUGGCUCUCCGACUGCGGACAAGGCAGAUUGUGGCUCUCCGGAGUUGGAGACGAGAGCCUUGCUGCCGAUCGAUGUUGCCGAUGAAGCAGCAGCACCUGCGAAAAGGCCUCACAAACACUCGCCGGUGUCAGCGGCGUGGCCAAUUGAUGUAAUCAAUGAACCAGCAGCAGCAUCGGCGGCGAAGCAAGUGGUUGUGGCCAAGGCUGAUUGUGGCUCACCGACGGUGGACACGACUGAUUCUGGCUCCCGGAUGGUGGUCAGGGCUGACUGUGGCUCUCCAGAAGUUGAGAAGAAAGUUUCGCCGCUAAUCGAUGAUGUUGCCGAUGAACCAGCAUCUGCAAAACGGCCCCGCACUCACUCAACGCCGAUCGAUGUUAUCGAUCAACCAGCAGCGAGAUCGGCGGUACCGAAGAAAGGGGUUGUGGACAAGGCUUAUUGUGCCUCUCUGACUGUGGACAAGGCUGAUUGUGACCCUCCACAGUUGGAGAAGAGAGUAGUCCCACAGACAUCUGCCUACUUGGAGCUAAAGUGCAUGAAAGAAGUGAAUGAGAUGGGAAAAGAGCAAUGCCAUGCAGAGAGGGUCCAGGAGCUUGAGCUGAAGUGGCUGAAAACAAUGCAUGAAAUGAGAGAAGGGCAUGAAGAUAAGGUCCAGAAGCUUGAGCUGAAGUGGAUGAAAGCAGUGAAUGAAAUGAGAGAAGAGCAUGCAGAGAGGGUCCAGAAGCUUGAGCUGAAGUGCAUGAAAGCAGUGAACGAAAUGAGAGACGAGCAUGCAGACAAGGUCAAGAAGCUUGAAGAUGAAGUAAGAAAACUGAAGACAGAGAUGACAGCAAUGGCAGAGAGGAACAGAGAGUCAAAUCCAACGAUUCAACCGGGUUAGAUGGGAGGAGAAGUGUGUGGUCCCCACACGGCCACGCCAAUUCCCCCCAUCGGCCGGAUGCUGACCAGGUUCAGAGUAUCUGGUUUUAUGAGUACAUUGGAAAUGGAAGUCUCUGGUGUGCGAGCUCGUGGGCGAAUGGCAAAUGGGAGCGUGGACGACUGAAGAGUAUAUGUGGAGGGGAGCCUGCAAGUUGGGAGUCCUGUGGAGCCAUGUUCGCUUACUUCCUUGCAAUGCUGGAGGGAGGGAGGGAGGUUGCUUGGGCCUUGUGCUUCCUUCAUCCUAAUAAAUCAGCGGCUGCCAG